GUCUGCAUUAUAUAUGCCACUUUGCUCAUUCUCAUUGUCUCAGAAUCAGCCACCAUUCCAUUUCAUCCAACACCUGCUCCUCACCACAUACAUUCUCAGCAGAGCUCUCGCCUCGUCGGAGAGAAACCGUCUCCGGCGCCGACGUCGGGAAAUGCGGAGCCCUCUUCACCUCCGAUCCCUCAGCACUCAGGACAACCACUACGAAGCCUUCAACUUCGAUCGUCAUCGCCGACACUCGCCUCGCCGGAAAAGUCAUUCCUCCCUUUCCAUCUCACCACCCGCUCAGUGUAACUAUAGUUCGGAUCCAAGCAGCCACAGUUCUUCUCCAUGGAGCCAACACUCUCCCUACGUGAGAUCCCCCUGGGCCCACCAACCCCACGAAGACCAUGAUGAUGGUCAGUUACGGGGUAAAGAUGCCCUCCCCAAACAGGGACUUAUUGGUUCUCUUCUUCGUGAAGAGGGUCACGUUUAUUCGCUUGCGGUUUCCGGUGAAUUGCUGUACACGGGAUCCGAAAGCAAGAAUGUACGGGUUUGGAAGAAUAUGCGGGAUUUUUCCGGGUUCAAAUCAAGCAGCGGGUUUGUGAAAGCCAUUGUUGUGUUGGGAGAGAAGGUAUUCACGGGUCAUCAAGAUGGAAAAAUCCGGGUCUGGAGGUUUUUGGGUGACAAAAAGAAGACUUACAACCGGAUCGGGAACUUGCCGGAAACCCGAGAAUUGUUGAUGAGAUCUGUGAACCCGAGGAACUAUGUGAAAGUGAGGAGAAAAGGGUGUGUCCCUUGGGUGAAACAUUACGACGCCGUGUCUUGCAUGAGCAUUGACGCAGAACAGGGUUUGUUGUACUCGGGUUCCUGGGAUAAAACCCUCAAAGUGUGGAGAAUUUCGGAUUUCAAAUGCCUGGAAUCCAUAAACGCGCACGACGACGCGUUAAAUUCAGUAGUAGCGGCAUUCGACGGCUUGGUGUUCACCGGUUCCGCCGACGGCACGGUGAAGGUUUGGCGGCGGGACCUCGUGGGGAAGCGCACGAAGCACAUGCUGGUGGACACGUUGUUGAAGAAGGAACAUGCGGUGACGUCCCUCGCAGUGAACCACUCGGCGGCGGCGCUGUAUGCAGGAUCCUCCGACGGGCUAGUCAGCUUUUGGGAGCGGGAAAAGAGCUCCAUGUCGUACGGCGGUGUUUUGAGGGGCCACAAGCUCCCGGUGUUGUGUGUGGCGGUGGGAGGGAAUUUGGUGCUGAGCGGAUCGGCGGACAAGUCUAUAUGCGUUUGGCGGAGGGACGUCGGUGGGAAUCACGCCUGCGUGGCGGUGCUGACGGGGCACGGCGGACCUGUGAAGUGCCUGGCCGUGAAAAAGGACACGCCGACGGCGGAGGAGGAGAGUGAUAGCGAGGAGAGUUGGAUAGUGUAUAGCGGGAGCUUGGACAAGAGUGUUAAGAUUUGGAGAGUUUCAGGACGUCCAAUUUCAAGUAAAUAAAACAGUAAGCCAACCAUAAUUAUCAUAUUACUAUAAGUAAAUAGUCUAGAAUAAUUAAUUAAUUACAUGACAAAUCCAAUAAAUACGUAUUGAUAUUGCACUCGUCAUGUAAUUAAAUGAACUCAA